AUAACUUAUGUGACAAUAAAAAAAUGAGACAAAGUCCACACUUGGAUCUAUUUUGGACUAUGUACAAAUCUUAACAGUCAGCAUUUAUUUAUAAUUUAAUUUUUCUUUUAAUAUAAAAAACAUAUUAGAUCAUGAUCAUUUUUAUUGUGGUUGGUAGAUAUUCUAGACCUAAUAUUUUAUUUUUACACUUGAAUUUUAGUACUUGAGUUUGUCCAUGUCAUCUUGACUUCCCAUAAAUGUCACGAAUAAAAUUGGACCCAAUCCAUUAUGGAUAAAAAACAUCAUUAUUAGUACAAUUUUUUUCUUGGCAUUGUUCCCAUGCAACUCGCCCCACGCUCCCACCCCUGCACCUCAUUCAUUCCGGUGAGUUAGGGUUUCAGGUCUCAGUCCUCUGUUCGACCUUGUAUUUCAUUUCAAUGGCGUCGCUCGACCAUCUCGAUGACGAAGAUGACUUUGGAGGUGAUUUUGCUGAAGGGAAUGCUGCAAGGCGUUCAGGUAAUAAGAGAAGCUUUGCGGACCUCGACGACGAUGAAGAUGAUAUUUUUGGGUCGAAGAAGGUUAGCCAGAAAGUAGAGGAAACUGCACCAGGAGUGGCAACUGGGAUGAUCUUAACUCUUCGUGAGAGCACAUUGUUCAAUAUAUUCAUCAAUGCUGCACAGCUCCAAGAGCUCAUCCGUUUGUCCUCAGUGUGGACAAGGGAAAACAAGGAAACGAGCAUUUCCCAGCUUUUAACUUUUAAGUCUUUUACCGACGUCUGUUCUGAAAAUUGUUGCCCUGUUUAUUUGUUUGUUUUCUUUUGUAGUCUGAAGAACUGUCAAGAUGAACUCUCAAAAUGCCAGACGAAACUUGAAGAUGCCAAGUCUGAGAUUCAGAAGUGGCAUUCUGCUUUCCAGAAUGAAUCCUUCAUGCCUCAAGGCGCAACUCCCGAACCAAAAUUCGUGGUCAACUACCUUCAGAUUCUGAGGUCUUCGGAGGAAUCUCUUCGGGAGCAACUAGAGAAAGCAAAGAAAAAAGAAGCUGCAUUCAUUGUGACAUUUGCUAAAAGGGAGCAGGAGAUUGCUGAGUUGAAGUCUGCUCUUCGGGAUCUGAGAGCUCAGUUGAAGCCACCAUCAAUGCAGGCGAGGAGACUAUUGCUAGAUCCAUCUAUCCAUGAAGAGUUCACAAGAUUAAAGAACUUAGUGGAAGAGAAGGAUAAGAAAGUUAAAGAGCUGCAAGAUAAUAUAGCUGCUGUCAGUUUUACCCCACAAAGUAAGAACGGAAAGAUGUUAAUGGCAAAAUGCAGGACGCUGCAGGAAGAGAAUGAGGAAAUUGGUAACCAAGCUAAUGAAGGGAAGAUGCAUGAAUUAACAAUGAAACUUGCUUUACAAAAAUCUCAGAACACUGAGCUCAGGAGCCAAUUUGAAGGAAUAUGCAAGCAAAUGGAGAAACUGACAGGCGAUGUUGACCGAUCGAAUGAGCUGGUGGUUAUCUUGCAAGAGAAACUAGAAGCAAAGGACGACGAAAUCCAGAGAUUGAAAAACGAGCUUCUGCAAGGGAAUGCCAAUGUUGAGGAGCAGAAUGAGUUAGAUACUGAUAUGAAUGCUAAUGUUGAUAAUGGACUGAAUCUUGUUGAAGUCCAAACUGAAAAUUGAUGGACUGUUUGUACGCAGUUUUGCAUUUUUAACAUUGUUCUAUUUUUCAUAUUUCAUAUUUUUUCCUUCCCUUUUUUUUUUUUUGUUUGAUUGGUAACUAGGAGUGCCUAGGCCCGCCUUGGAGCUCAACUUAUUAUAAGUUAAUUAAAUAAUUUAUAAGUGACCUUAUAAAUAAUUUUUAAGUGCCUAGGCCCGCCUUGCUUACCAAAUACUGUUAAUAAGUUUAGCUACACUGUUAAUAAGCUGAGGUUUUUACUGUUAAUAAGUUGAGCUACACUGUUAAUAAGCUGAGAUUUUU